CGGAGCCGCCGCGGGAGCCGCCGGAGCCCGCCAGUGCCUAGCGCAGGCUGCGGGCUUUCUGCAAGUCAUCGGGGCCGGCGGACGCGCCCCCGCUGCCCUCCCGCUCCCCCAGCCCAGCGCAUCUACUCGGGAAUAAUUUCAUUUAUUUAUUUAUUUAUUUAUUUUCCUCCGCCGUGCUGUAUGUGCUUGUUUCCUCAUCACCCGGCACGGUUAACUUCCCUGUGACUCGGUUUAACACUCGAGACCUCCGCGGAUGCUGCUAAGAGCACUUCUCUUGCCUUUGCUGUCCCUCGCUGGGAUCGGAUUCACACUACCCGGACCCUGUGUGCCUGUAUGUUUGUUCUGAGUGUCUUGACAUUUGGGUUUUUUUUACAAGAGCUGUGCAUUAAUUGUAACAAGACCUGUGAAUGACCAUAGGCUUGGCUUGACCUUGAUUUUGAUGGCUUUGUUGGAAGAUCUAAUGAUGUGAUUGCAUUUCACGAGGUGGUUGCUCUCCAGCCUCCAGCCUCCGUGGCUCAGUGUAUAAACCACUUCUGCCACACUGUCACUCAUGGACAAUUCAGAUUUUUUUCUAAACAAUCCUUUUGGCURUUUUUAUUUUCUCACUUCUCCUUUCUCCCCUGUUUCUCUUUAAUGUUGGGAGCCUUAUUCUACCCUCUGAUGUGAUUGAUAGUCCUGCUGCUCCGUGCUGCUGAUUUCCAGUUUAAACUACAAUGGCUCUAAGUGGUAACUGCAGGACUUACCUUCCUCCUCGGGAGCAGGGGCCGGGGCUGCACUCCUUCCCCGAGGUGGUGGAGCUCAACGUGGGCGGCCAGGUUUACUUCACUCGCCACUCCACCUUGGUGGGCACCCCUCACUCCCUGCUCUGGAAAAUGUUCACCCCAAAGAGAGAYACAGCCAAUGAUCUCGCCAAGGACUCCAAGGGAAGAUUCUUCAUUGACAGAGAUGGUUUCCUUUUCCGCUACAUUCUGGACUAUCUCAGGGACAAGCAAGUGGUUUUGCCUGACCACUUCCCAGAGAAGGGAAGGCUCAAGAGGGAGGCUGAGUACUUCCAGCUCCCAGACUUGGUCAAACUCCUGACUCCCGAGGACAACAAGCAAAGCCCCGAUGAYUAUUGCCACAGUGACUACGAAGAGGUGUCCCAAGGCAGUGACACGAGAAUAUGUGCCCCCUCAUCGCUCCUACCGCCGGAUCGCAAGUGGGGAUUCAUCACCAUCGGCUACCGCGGCUCGUGCACUAUUGGCAGGGAGAGCCAAGCAGAUGCCAAAUUCAGGAGGGUCCCAAGGAUUUUGGUUUGUGGAAGGAUUUCUUUGGUCAAAGAGGUCUUUGGAGAAAGUUUGAAUGAGAGCAGAGACCCAGACAGGGCUCCAGAAAGGUACACCUCCAGGUUUUAUCUCAAGUUCAAGCACCUGGAGAGGGCUUUUGACAUGUUGUCAGAGUGUGGAUUCCACAUGGUGGCCUGCAACUCCUCGGUGACAGCUUCCUUCGUCAACCAGUACACAGACGACAAGGUCUGGUCCAGCUACACCGAAUAUGUCUUCUACCGUAAGUACCAGCCGGGGGACAAUGUCACCCCGUGCUCUGGGCUGCUCUCCCCGCUCCCCGUCCAUCCCCAGAGCACGGGGAGCGCCGGUUCCCGUGCCUGCCGCAGUCCGAGCCUGUGUUUAGAUGCGAAGGGAUACAUUUCAGUGUGA